GCUAUCACUGCAAGUGUACACUGGCAUGCGCAGUACCUCAGGAGACCAUAUGCUACUAGAGCUGCACCGCAUUAUAAUUAGCAACAGCAAUUUGCGGGCUCGCACCCUGACAGACUGGUUCAUGCGCCGUGGCCUCGUCUUGACGAUCCCUUAAAGGCCGUCGACCGCAUCACGACUCAAGUUUGUGGUCUGUGCGCUUACUUGUAAGCAUGCUCUUGGUUGUACUAAUGGCCUGCAUGGCAUGGGCCAGCAAUGUCACGGCGUCUCAUGUUCACACAGGCCACACAAAUACUCCUCGUCAAGGAAUCAAGCAAACCGAUCCCAAGAGCAAGACCAUUUCAGGCCCCCUUCAUGCGAAACUCCACAAGAACAUAUUCGGAGAGGUGUCUUGUCAAAAGCCUGCCAAGGUCGUAUUUACCAUCUCUGGUCUGACAGUUGCCCCAGAGAAAUGCCCCAAGCCCAAAAAUCACCGUCGCGCAUCUUCAGACACUCCCCUGCCCAACGCUGUCUUCAAUCAUCACAAGAGCUCGUACGCACUGCUUGUCGACGUUUCUUUCAGCUCUCCAAAUAACGAGACAUUCCGCCUCGCUUUCGAUACGUCCAAUCCAUCUCUCACAACACUCAGUGCAACUGGACAACGAUUUUUGGCCGAUGCCGACGGCAUGGACAACAAGAUCUGGCAAGAGAUACAGGCUUAUGACGUGGAGACCACAGGCCGAAUCGUAAUCAAAGGUGAAAUUCAAGUGAACAUCAGUCCGUACUCUAAGUUUACUGCUGAUGAAUACAUUGAUGACGAAGUUCACAUCGGUGGCCAGCUGGCUCGCAAAGCAUCGGUGCUGGUGGCUUAUAAUGCUGAGCUUAUCAAACCAAUUGACGGCAUCUUUGGCAUUUCCCCAGAGGCAAGCGUUUUCUCUCACAUGGAAGAUCUUCCUGAGCAUGUUAUUGGCUUAGAAUUGCAGCACUUUACUAAGGAUGGCGGUUCUUUCACGAUCGGUACUGUAUCUAAAGCGUACGGUGAUCUCCAGUUCGUCAACAUUGUCAAGAAGCAGGCCAACCCACUUUUGGUUGGCAAAGAUCUCGUCGAAGGUAAGGCGUACGACCUUUUCGCUGUUGACGAUGCAUCACUCACAGUCGACGGUAAUUCCAUCAAGCUCUCUGGCGCCAUACUUGACACCUCACUUGCUAUCACCUUUUUACCUCGGGAGGCAUUCAAAGCCUUCGAAAAGGCUUUUAGUCCCACAAAGGAUCCCAGCUUUGUCCUCAGCUAUAUGUUGCCCUGCCAGGUCACAUCGGCUCUCAAGAGAUUGUCAUUCAACUUUGGUGGAGCUAAGCUUACCUUUAACAAAUUGGCUCUCAGCCACAACGGCCAGGAUAGCCUUUGCAUCAGUGCCAUCCAGCCCUGGGACCAAACGUACGCGGCAAUUGGCAGUCAUAUUCUGCUUGACAACUACGUCGCUUUAUACCUCAAGACUGAUACGCAGGAGCCCAAGGUCGGCAUUGCAUCGAAACAUGGUCACGCAACGAAACGUGAACAUUGAUGUUCGUGUUCCUCUUAAAGUGUAUGAGCACAAUACGCUCUCCUAGCACCCCACUUCUCAUAAACUGGCGGUAUUGAUUGCCGCCAUGAGCUUUCUUCUGCUUCUUAAGCAUAGAGUCAUAGACCUACACUUAAUUUCUACCUCUUCCUCUCG